AUGGAUGCCCUCCUCCCUCCUCCCUCCUCGUCCUUCUCUUCUCGGGGUGCUCCAAGCGCUCCCGGUGCCCGGCGGAGCCAUGCCGCGGCCAGCGCUGGGCGUGCUCGGCGUGCUCCUCGUGCCCGCCGCGGCGCCGCAGCCGGGGCCUCCGCUGGGCCGCUGCAGCGAGGAGUACCGCCAGGGCAUGCCCACCUUCACGAAGCUGUCCUCGGCCGCCACGGCACCGUGGCGGACAUUCCUGAAGAGCACCAGCAUGGUGACGCCUGGUGGAAUCUAUGGAUGCUGAGCAAGGACCAGGAGGCCCUGAGCGACGAGGACACGACGGAAAGGGUCAUGAAUCUGCUGUAUGCCUCCACCUUGGACCAAUACACGGGCUGCUCCGUGUUUGGAGGACGCUACUGGGACAUCAAGCUGACCGUCCCGUACAACUGCUGUGCCACCUCGCCCUCUCAGGCGCGAGGCGGCUUUUGCAUGCCCCACCGCUGCAGCAGGUGGCAGGUUGCGAAUGAGGCGGUGCUUCACUGGUGGAGGACGAUGAUCGCCUCGCAAUAUCCAAGCCAUGCCAGGUGUGCCGGCCGCUGA